AUGUGGGCCACCGUGUCCCUGGGCCGUGCUGUGGUGCUGACGGACAGCCUGCCGGCCACUCACGGCGAGGACAGAGGAGGGAGGGUCCCAGGGAAGCUCCGCCUGGCCUCCCCGGGGGGCAGGGGCACAGAUGGACGCACGGAGCGGGUGGGCUCAGGGCCUCCAGGCCAGAAGGGUGGGGAGGAGACGCAGGGCCUGGCAGAGGCUGUGCUGGCCCCGCAGGUUCACAUCCUCGAGGGGCCUCAGAAGGCGGCCAAGUCUGAGAUCCAGCCACCUGCCCGCUCCCGAGACUUCCGCCACGCUGCUACAUCAUUUCUGAACAAUAAAACCAGGCAGAUUACAGGCCCUGCAAUCAGACACCAGAGGAAAGCUUCCUCCUUCCCAGCCCAGCCGCCGAGAAGCCCGGCGCGGCCCGGCGGGCACAGAGCAGCUCUGGAUAAUGAAAGCCCCCCGCAGACGGCCCUUCGGGCGGCCACAGGUGGCUCGGGGUGGCCCCGCAGCGAGGAGAUGACCAGCUGCCUUUCUGUCCCCUCCCGCCCUCCCCCCCGGCCUGGUCACCUGGUCCCAGCCACGGCUGCAGACCAGAGACGGCGGGGCCCGUGGGCAGCCAGGGGCAACGCGGCUCCCGGCGAGCCCCCUGCCCCCCACUGCCCCGACAAACCCAAGCCGAGGCGGGCUCCUGGUCCCGGGGGCCAGUCCCGUCACCGGCUGUCACGAGGAGGCGGGCAGGGCUGCGUGGACAGGCUGGAGCCCACGUGCCGCCCCUCCAGAGGUGUGCGGAGCCCGAGCUGGUCCCGAGUGGCCGACAGCGGCCUAGAGCUCCUGCCCUCCGCCCCGGCAGCGGCCGCCCUGCCUCCCGGGGCCCCGCCCCUCCGAGUCCCACGGGAGCCCCUCCUGCGUGGCCUCGUGUCCCGUGUCUUUCCACCGGACCCCAGGCCCGAGGCCCGGCAGACAGCCUCUGAUAAAGAAGCCAACCUUUACCCUCGGCGGAGCCGGGGGCUGGGCUUCCAGAUCGUUCCGCCGGCCCUGGGGCCCGCAGGUUCCAAGAGCCGGCAGGCGAACGCGGGGGCCCUCCUGCACACCCCACCCGUCUCCUGUGGCCCCAGCCCCUCACCCCCCGCAGAGCCGCCCCCCGACGGGCCAGGCGCGCCGGGGCUCGGUCCCCGCUCCCCGCUGCCCCCUGGUGGCCGCCCAGCCUGCUCCACCAGCCGCGCCUGGAUGGCCAAGCGCGGCCUCCCGGGCGCCCCAGGGCCAGGCCGGCGCCCCUUCCAGAACCCCCACAGCGCCCACCUUCUGGGGAAAAGCCAGGCUGUCCUGCGGCAGGAGAGGCGGGGGGCUCUGCACGCGGGCCGUCCUUGGGGACCUGCCAUCCGCCUGGCUGCCGGUUCAAGGCCCCUCAACUCUCCGGCACUUCUUCCCCGGCGGCAUGCCGGCCCCCGAACGGGCCACGCUGAGCGCUCUCCUCCCCAGCGGCGCCCUGGGCCUGCUCACGAGCUGCUGACGGGCUGGGCCCCGGCCCUAGGACGCCCCUCCACCGAGGGAGGCGCAGGGGGACCUCGGGGAGGCUCCCGCAGGAGGAUGGGCAGCGGCCAGUCCCCGCCACCGCUGCGGGCCACGGGCUGUGGGGGUGUGGAGGGCGAGGAGAGACACGGGGACGCCGGCCCCUGGGCGGCGCCGGAGCCUCGCCCCGUCCCCUUUCCCUCCCGAGGGACCGGAGGCCCUCCCCGCCUGCCCGUGCCGCGUGUGGGCCCCCGGCGCCACCGCAGCGCCACCGCACGCAGGGCCUGGGGGAGCCCCUGCGACACGCCAGUCAUCCUAGCGACUCGGGGGGCUGCGGUCGGAGGGGCGCGGCUCAAAGCCAGCCUGGGUAGAGAGGCCCGUGAGGGUCCCCUCUCCAGCCGCCCGCCAGCCAGAAGUGGAGCCGCGGCUCGGGUGGCGGAGCGCCAGCCUCCAGGGGAAGAGCCGAGCCAGCCGUGCGGCUCCGAGUUUGGGCCCCGGGACUGGCUCAACGUGAACCGCCAGAGCAGGGAGCCAGGGCGGGGCGCAGCCGGUGACCCGGGCUGCAGGCCGAGGGGCCCCCGCGUCGGCUCCCUUCCCCUCUCGGCGCCUCUGCCUCCCGCCCGGGCCCCGGUCACGGGCCCCGGGCCCACGCGCAGGCCGGCGUCGUAG